AUGUCUGAUUCGGAAAACCCUGUGAGGCAGGAGCAGAAAAGUGCUGAGAAAGCUGCAGUACCUGUGGAAAAUACGGAAGGCAAACUCAAGAGAAGCAGAGAGGGAACAGAGAACGAUUCCAAUGGAGAAGCAGUUAGUGAGAAGGCAGACGAGGAAGUUGCACCUAAGAAAGCAAAGACGGCGAACGGUGUUGAAGCAGCAAAAAAGGUAGAAAAGGGUUCAAAAGAAGUGCCCGUCAAGCAUCCUGGAACUAGCGAAAAAGAUACUGGCGAUAAGCCAAAGCAUGUCUUUGGAUCUACUACAAGUUUCAGCGCUGGCUUUGCAGCCGGCAAGCGCUCUACAAUCUCGACGAUUGACUCAGGCGGCUCAAAUAAGGAAAAGUCUACUACCAAGCCAAGCGCGUUUGGAUCGGGCCUCUCGUUUGGCGGUGGGUUUACUAUGCUAAAGAAAUCUGAUGAGCAGGCAUCAAAAGCUACAGAGAAAGACGAAACGUCAGGGGAUUUGAAGGAGCACGAGCAGACGCCGUCAUCCGAGAGUAAGAAAGAGCAGAGUACAGAGACGGAGUCUGGCCUGAGUUCAUCAGAGAGUAGCGUUUUCAAGUUACAGAAGCAGGAAGUGAAAUCGGGAGAGGAGUCGGAAGAAGUGGUGUACCAAGUGAACGCUAAGCUUUAUCAAUUAUCCGACUUGAAGCAUGGUUGGAAGGAAAGAGGUGUGGGAUUUAUUAGAGUAAAUAAGAAUAAGAGUACAGGAAAAGCGCGUUUGGUGAUGAGAUCUCGCGGAAUUCUGAAAGUGAUUCUCAACCUCCCACUAGUCAAAGGUUUCAAGAUCCAAAGAGGAUUCCCUGGUUCCUUGCAAGGCGAAAAAUUCAUACGCAUAACUGCUGUCGAUGACAACAAGGCUCCAUUACAGUAUGCCGUGAAGACGGGCAAAAUCGAAACGGUCCAAGAGCUUUACGAUAAUAUCGUCAAGCUAGUGGCGGAGUAA